AUGUAUUCAUUAGAACAAAUUACUAAAAUUCGAUAACUCAUUAACAAUUAUCUUUAUAAAGCAAAGAUGUUUGAUAAAUUAAAGUAAAAAAUUGAAAGUGAAGAAAUAAAAUUGAAAACUUAGAUAAUGAAUUAUUGAUCUAAUUGCUUAGAGAAGUAUAUCUAAUUCAUAAUCAUAUCUAAGAAAUCGAUCAUCUAUAUAAAAUUGAUUAUUUUAAUAAAUAAAAUAGAAUAGUAAGAUCAAAUGGAAUUUUAAACUUUCAUUUUUACAUUCAGAUUGUAUUAAUUUUCAAUAAAAAAAUUUAUGAAUUUACAAGGGCAACUCUUGCUUAGAUUUUAUUGAACCUGAUAUUUCUAAAUUGUAAUUAUAAUUAAGAUUUUGUGAAUAUUUGUAUUGAGUAAAAUAUGAAUUUAAUAAAACUCUUUUUGUUUUAUUAAAGAAUUGACACUCAAAAGAUAAAUGUAUUUUUUGUUGUAAGUAAAUUAAAUCACCUAUGCAUAAUUUAAAUAAAAAAUAAGAAAAAAAUUACUUUCCUAAAAAUUUUACAAUGGAGUUUUUAAUUAUGUUUUGGAAAUAUUAAAUUAAAAAUAAUUUGCAAAUGCUUAUAAUCUAAUGACAUAAUAUUAAAGAAUGAAUCAUUUAGAUAUUUUUUGAUUUAAUUUAGAGUUAUCGCCGAAAACGAGAUAUGUCUUACUUUCUAAAAACAUAUGGUCUCAUAACUCUCUAGAGAGUAAGCAAUUAAGCAUUAAAUAUUGGAUUGA